CAAUACCGGAAGGUGACAUUGGCGGGCGGGCGGCUGGGCCGGUGGCAGCGUCAUGCUCGGGUCUCUGGGCCGCUCCGGGGGCGGCCUGGUCCGGAUCCUCCGCGCCAGAGACGUGAGGGGAGCGGCCGGGCUCCGGCACGCGGGGGGCGGGGUGCACAUCGAGCCCCACUACCGGCAGUUCCCGGGGCUGACCCGCCGGCAGGUGAUCCACGGCGAGCUCCUCAGCGGCUUCAUGUGGUUCUGGAUCCUGUGGCACUUCUGGCACAACCCGGACGCGGUGCUGGGUCACUUUCCUUACCCAGAUGCUUCGAAAUGGACAGAUGAGGAAUUGGGGAUCCCUCCUGAUGAUGAAGAAUAGAUAUACAGCUCCAGCUACCAGUGUGUCCUGUGGUGGGAUCUCUGAAGAAGCUGAGGCUUUGGCUCUUGUAUAACUGUUUCAGCAAAUCCACAUUGUAAAUAAAAACUCAAGUUACAAGCUUGUGCUUUUUAAGAUUCUUUUGUUGACUAAAUCACUGUUCUAUAGAAACUUUUUGCAAAAGAAUCAUCUUUGUAGGGGGGAGAGGAAUGGGCAGUUGAAUAAGUUCUCUUCUAUAUACUUUCCACUCUCCUGCCAAACAUGCUCAUGCAGUUGCUUCACAACUUUACUUUGAAUUGGUCUGUGCUACACUAAUGAGCUGUGGUGGCAGCUGAAGAUGUGCUGAAUAGUAUUCAGCAGCAAGUGUAAUCACAGACAAAUCCAUGUUCAGAAAGUGACUUCAUGUAGGGGAGGACAAAGCUUUUAACUUAGUUUUGUAUAACUAAUGCUAUCUACUCAUUUUGUUUAGGAAAGUUGCAGAGUGUGGGGGGGGGGAGGAGGGGGGAAUUGAACUACAGAACAGCCUAUUGAAUGUCAAUACUAACAUUAAUUCCUAACCUAAAGAUAGCAUCUAAUGAUAUUUCAACAUAGGAAGAACUUUCCACAAUAAAGUGGGCUAUUUUUAAAAUAAAAACUGACAUACUGUAGAAAAAUGCAAAGCAAGCCCAUAGCAGCUUUCUGCUGCAGGCAGGAGGGGAUACUGCUACCCCUCAGACACAAAGUAUAUGUCUAAAUUUGAACUGGGCACUAGCCUAGGAAGUGUGAGACCCAGUUUCAAUUUCCUGCUUCACUAGGGUUCCAGUGUGACCUUGAUCAAAUCAUUUAGCCUUUGUGUGGCUCAUUUCGCCAGCUUUAACAAGUUAAUACUUCACUACCCCAAGUGGUGGUGUGAGGAUAAAUACAUUAAAGAUAGUAAAGCACUUUGCAAUCUAUUGAUGAAAAGUGAAUAUGUAAAAGCUAGCUAAUGUGUUCUGAAUCCUCGAUGUUACUUUCUUCAAAGGCAGUGUGGAAAUUCUAAUCCAAGUUUCUUAAAGUACAUAUAUCUGCUCUAGCAGAGAUCAACAAACAGACAAGACACAGGCCUUUAGCCCAAGAUGAAAUUGGGUUCUGACUCCCACUCUUAUGAGCUGAUUAUCAAACUUCAGAGUUGUCACAAUAACAAAACUACUCUUGUUAAAACACAUCUAGGACAAUAUCUUGUGGAAUGGACCUUAAAAAUAAAUAUCUCAUCUCAUCUCAGAUGUUUCUCCAUGCAGUCAAUCUUUAUUAUAGCAGUAAUCUCAUAUUCACAUCAAGUACAUAGAACUUUUUGCCUUUUAUAUAAUACAGAGUUCUUUAAAUAACUUUACACAGAAAUAGUUUCUUCAAUCAAUUUCAGCUAUCAAAUUUUUAAUGUUUUCUUUAAGUCUCCAUGCUCUCUAACCAAACUGGACAAUAUUUCCCAUUGUACAAAUUUACAUGAGAAAAAACUUCAAAAUACAAAUGAAGGAACUUGAGCAGGAAGGGGUAACAAAAGUAGAGGGGAAGGAAACAAGCAAGAAAAAUAAUUUUUAUUAGCAAUUACUGUGGACAUUAGGAAGGGAAAGAAGGAGUUGCCAUGGUCUGUGUAACAGAAAACUGAAAAUAUUUUCUUAUGAGUUAAAAAAUAAAUACAAGUUUUAAAACAAUUACUCCACUGUAGUUUUUAAAAGCAGCUACAGAAAUCUACUAACACAAUUGUUUUCUUAAGUAACCAGAUUGGACCUUCUACAGUGAAGAUUCAGACCCUCAUAAAACUUCUGGUGGUAAAAAUAUAGCUUAAAGGAAUGUUGUGUUAGUUAGCACAGAGUUCAAACUGUGAGAUGUACAUUUCAUUGCACUAAGU